UUUAAGCCACAUAAUUCUGAACCGAUUGUCUCUUUGGCGUCCACUCCCACGGGACUCAUAUGAGCUUCAAAAGACCGGCGCAUUAUUGAACUGGUGCGGCGGUUGCCGGUGAGGUGGCGCCACCAAGCUAGCGAUAGAAAUCUCAAUCUUCUGCAACUUUAUCCCGCACCCAACAACCUCUUUCCAGUCGCGCUCAUACGGAGAUCAGCAGAAGAGGAUAAAACCAACAAAACAGAAGAAUAUGGUGGCGCCGCCGCCGCCGAGAUUAGGAUCUUUCCGCUACCACUUCGAGCAGAAGAGCAAGGAGCGCUUGCCUCUGCUCUCCAAUCUAAAGGCGGUGGACUGGGGCGAUCUCGACUUAGAUGAUGAUGGCAAGAGCCGUGGAUGUCUCUGGAAAGUGCGGGAUGGGAUUGCUUGGUUCUGUGAUCAGGUUAGCAUGGCGACGAAGGUUGGCUUGGAGAUGGCGCAUUCGGAUAUAAGGAAGGUGGUCUUUGCCGCGAAGAUAGGGCUUGCCCUUGCUCUCAUCGCUUAUAUCAUCUCGCUUCUCAUCUACAUCAAGAGUUUUGGAGAUCUCUCCACCCAUGGCGUUUGGGCUAUCAUUACUGUCGUAGUCGUCAUGGAGUUCACCAUCGGUUCAACAUUAAGCAAAGGUUUAAAUCGUGGUAUAGGAACUUUAUCAGCUGGAGGGCUGUCUUUAGGUAUAGCUGAGCUGUCUGCUAUGACUGGAAAGUGGGAAGAACCGUUGCUUAUUAUGAGCAUUUUUAUCAUAGGUUUCUUGGCAACAUUUGCAAAGCUCUAUCCUUCUAUGAAGCCUUAUGAAUAUGGAUUCCGUAUAUUCGUGCUCACAUAUUGUUAUGUUCUGGUGUACGGACUAAGAUUUGGAGAUUUUACGGGCACGGCUGUGAGCCGAUUUUUGCUGAUUGUACUUGGUGCUGUUGUUGGUUUUGGAAUAAAUAUCUGUAUAUUUCCAAUUUGGGCCGGAGAGGAUCUCCACAACUUAGUGGCAAAGAAUUUCAUCGGCGUGGCAAAGUCCCUAGAAGGCUGCGUUAAUGGAUAUCUCAAUUGUGUUGAAUACGAUAGAGUCUCCUCGAAGAUUCUUACUUAUCAAGCUUCUGAUGACCCUUUGUAUAAUGGCUAUAGAACAGCAGUUGAGGCAACCGCUCAGGAGGAAACUCUUCUUGGCUUUGCAGUAUGGGAGCCGCCCCAUGGUCGUUACAUGAUGUUCAGAUAUCCUUGGAAAAACUAUGUUAAAGUUAGUGGAGCAUUAAGGCAUUGUGCAUUUAUGGUUAUGGCCCUGCACGGUUGUUUAUUAUCUGAAAUCCAGGCUCCACCGGAAAUGCGACAACUUUUUCGCAACGAGCUGCAAAGAGUUGGAGUCGAAGGUGCCAAAGUUCUGCGCGAGCUGGGAAACAAAGUCAAAUCAAUGACGAAACUAACCUCCACAGAUAUCCUUCUGGAUAUCCAUGAAGCAGCCGAGGAAUUGCAGAAGAAGAUCGAUCGAAGAUCUUACCUUCUUGUCAAUGCAGAGCUAUGGGAGAUCGGCAAGCGGCACGAAGGACCAGAAGAAGAUAUCGAAGGCACCGGCAUCACGGAAGGAAGACACAAACCUCUAGUAUUCAAAUCCCAGAGUGAAGCUAUUCUUGAUCUCAGAUCCCUCCAUAUCUCAAAAAGCUGGGAUGUUCAUAACAACACAGGAUAUAUUCCUCCUCAAGUUCCAACUGUCCCCCCUGAAGCACUGCUCAAACAGCAGAUUUCAUGGCCCGCUCGAUCCUUAAACGUCGACGACGUCGUCCACGAAGAGGAGUCGAGGACUUAUGAGAGUGCGAGUGCUUUGUCGCUCGCCACUUUUGCUUCUCUUUUGAUCGAGUUUGUCGCAAGGCUCCAGAAUUUAGUAAAUGCUUUUGAGGAGUUGAGUGAGAAGGCUAAGUUCAAGGAGCCGCCCGUAGAGGAACCAACUGGACAUUCUGCUUCAGGUUUGUGGAGCAGAAUUAAGAAGUUUUUUUGUUUUUAAGGUAUAUAUGUAAUUUAAUGGAGUGGAUUGAAAAGAAAAUAGAAAUUGUGGGUAUUGUUGUAAAAUAAGAGGCCUGCCCGCCUGAAGUGUCAUGGAUGUGCA